CGAAUGUGCACUAUAAAAGGAAGACCGAGACAAGGUUCCGUUCGCAUGGUUGUCUUUGAGUCACGAUGAAGCUCGUUGCUGUCUUUGGACUUUGGCUCGCUCUGCUGUGCCGGGCACAAAGUAAUUCCCUUGACUCAUGUCAGAAUCGCUGUGGUUUUGGAACUGACAGUGAUUUCUCCUGUCAGUGUAAUCCGUCCUGUGAGCGCUUCAAAGACUGCUGUUCAGACUAUAUAGAUGUUUGCAAAGCUGAAUCCAAGUCUUGCAAAGGUCGAUGCAAUGAGAAAUACAAACCUCAAAACAAGUGCCACUGCAACUCCAAGUGCACGCAGUUCAACAACUGCUGCGGCGACUACGCAGCCGUAUGCGACGGUGGGGAGAGUGGCGGCGGUUCCGUCAUCACUGAUGCCGAGAUCAGGUCUGUCUCUGAAGCGCUGUACGCUCUGGACUCAAACCGGGCUUCGGCCUCCGAGUUGGAGAUUGACCCCCAGGUUCUGAUCUCGGGAUCGCAGACCGGCUCCGAGACGGACCUCUCCUCUCGCCCCUUUUUCCGCUUUUUGGAUGAGAAAGCGCUGUUCUCCAGGCCCACUUACGCGGCUCUGCUGGCUCUGCUGGACAACUACGACAGGAUGACCGGACAAACGGAGGAUGUCAGCUCCCAGGAGAUGGCUGAGCAGGACACCUUCCUCAGGGAAACCAUGUCCAACACCGAGCUGGGCCGAGAACUCUUUGCCUUCUUCUCCACCAAGGGUGUCUACAAGUCAGAGGAAGAGUUCUUAUACGACCUGAAGAUGAUGUGGUUUGGCCUCUACUCCCGAAACAAAGGGAAGAUGGAUUCCAGUGGUUUUGAGCACAUUUUUGCAGGUGAGAUCAAGGGCGGGAAGGUGUCCGGCUUCCACAACUGGGUCCAGUUUUACCUUCUUGAGAAAAGAGGGCUCCUGGAUUACUACAGCCACAGCUUCAACGGCCCUUGGACUACGUACCCGGACGUGCUGGGAAUGCAGUUCAAGUGGGAUGGCUACUUCAAGCAGGUGGGCUCUGCAGUCAUCGGCUGCAGUCCCGAAUUCGACUUCGCCAUUUACAGCCUGUGUUACAUCGCCAGGCCUGGAAAACUAUGUCGUUUGAGUCUGGGUGGAAAGGAGCUGAAAAUCCAAACGUACAGAUGGGAUAACUCUUACUACGGGGAUGGGAAGAAAUAUAUUGGCACCGGUUAUCCCGCAACGCCUAGGACCUGAACACGCCAUUCCAGGAGUCCACUGCAUUCCACAUUAUGACACCCAUGCACAAUAGUGCUUUGAAUGCAUCAUACUCUGAGUGAUGAGGAAUAUAGACAUUGUCGCAUGGAAGUUUUAAAUUUCACUUGAAAAAUGCUUUGAUAAAGAAAAUUGAUGUCGUCACAGAUUUCACUUGCAUUUAGCAAUACAAACGAGACUGACAAAAGUAUUGGGAAACCUGCCUAAUGACAACAUGGAGUCUGUACCCACUUUGCAGAUUCAAGAAAACCUUUCCACAAGUUUUUUAAGGGGUGCUUGUGGUAAGUUUUGCCCAUUCAUCCAGAAGAACAUUUUUGUAAGGUCGCCUCUCCACCUCUGUUCAAGUUCAAGUCAAAGGUGUUUGAUGGGAUUAAAGGUCAAGCAAGGCUCUCGGGUUCUCCCACGUUAAACUCGCAUGACCGUACUUUGAUUUCCCCUGGACCGUACAAGGCCUUUCCAAACUGUUCCCACACAAAACAAAUUGUGAUCAUUUUCUCAACAACGACGUCCAUACGUGCAUGAAUGAAACCUAAACAGUCCAUCAAUAUGUGCUGAAAGAUUUCGGACAAGAUAAGCAGAGCAUGAGAAUGCGGCGCUCUCGCAGGGGCAGGAUCCGACUGUGCCUAAUGGGGCACAAAAUGGCCAUUUACGCACCCUGAGUGGGCACAAUACUGACACCAACCCUUGAGUAGAACAAGCAUGUGUCCAUUUGACACAAUUGCUUAUUGUCUCAUACCAAAGCCCCCAAAAAACAGUCUUUGCGGUACGGACCACAGAGACAAAAAGACAUUAACCGAUGCGGUUAUGCUUGACCUGCUCCAAACAGUAGUCACCAGCUAAACCUGCUCAUAUCAGCUGUCUAUAAAGCUGCAGCG